UCCUCUCGCCGUGUUCCCGUGCCGCUCCGGUCUUCAGGGCGGACUGCGAGAGGAGAGGAGUUCGUCACGCUGCCCCGCCUACAUCCUGACAGCCAAUGUUUGCCACGCUCUGCGGGCCGGAUUAAAAGGUCCGCUGGGCCGUACUGCAGAGUCCUGAAUUUUGGGGCGGCUGCCCGAGAGGAGGGAGGGGAGCGGGCGCCCGGCACACAGAAGAGCCGCAUUAAAGAGUGUAAAGAGCCGCAGCUUGCCGACCACUGCACUAGAGCACAUCCAUCUCAGCGUGGUCAGUUUUCU